AUGGCCGGAGCAUGCUGCAAGUGUCCAGUCUCCCUGUCCGUGUUCAAGCGCUCACUCUCGGUGGCGCCGCGGGGAUGCGGGUCCGCACCUCGGUCCCUCCUUCUGAGCUGGAGGCUAGGGGAGCGGGGCCUGCAGGAGGCCGCCCGACCCUCCAGCGCACUCAGAGCAUGCUCUUACCGACACACUGCCUUCGUCUGUCUCUCCUGCCAGGAGUCCAUGAGUGAGAGUCUGCGGACCUGCUACCUGUACCUGAACCAAACCAGCCGGAGUUUUGCAGCUGUGAUCCAAGCGCUGGACGGGGAGUUGAGACACGCAGUUUGUAUUUUCUACCUGGUGCUGAGAGCACUGGACACAGUGGAGGACGACAUGAGUAUCCCUCUGGACAAGAAGGUUCCCAUGCUGAAUGAUUUCCACACCUACCUGUACCGGGAUGACUGGUGUUUCACUCAGAGCCAGGAGAAAGACCGACAGGUUCUGGAGGAUUUCCCCACGAUAUCACUGGAAUUCAGAAACCUCGCUCAGGAAUACAGAGACGUCAUCUCAGAUAUCUGCCACCGUAUGGGAGUCGGGAUGGCCGAAUUCCUGGAAAAGAAAGUGGGAUCCAUGAAGGAGUGGGACCUGUAUUGCCACUUCGUGGCAGGGCUGGUUGGUAUUGGCCUGUCUCAGCUGUUCUCUGCGUCCAAGCUGGAGGACCCCGAGGUGGGGCGGGACACUGAGCUGGCCAACUCCAUGGGCCUGUUCCUCCAGAAGACUAACAUCAUCCGAGACUAUCUGGAGGACACACAAGAGGGACGUGCCUUCUGGCCACAAGAGGCCUGGAGUCAGUUUGCAGGUCGUCUGGAGGACUUGGCCCAACCUGAGAAGUUGGAGUUGGGUCUCUCGUGUCUCAACCUGCUGGUCACUGAUGCUCUUCGUCACGUCCCGGAUGUUAUUGCCUACCUGUCCCGCCUGCGCAACCAGAGCGUCUUCAAUUUCUGUGCCAUUCCACAGGUGAUGGCAAUAGCUACACUGUCGACAUGCUACAACAACCCCAUGGUGUUCCAGGGAGUAGUGAAGAUCAGAAAGGGACAGGCUGUCACACUCAUGAUGGACGCCACCAACAUGAGAGCUGUGCAGACCAUCAUCGCCCAGUACAGCCAGGAGAUUUUACAAAAGGUCUCCCCCACUGACCCGUCACGGGACAAGACCCUGCACAUCCUGGCUCUAAUCCGAGAGAAGUCUGCACUGUCACAGUCCAGCCUCCCCUCCAGGACCCACCACCUGUCGCCUAUGUACCUGUCUGCUGCCAUGCUGCUCGCCGCCCUCAGUUGGCAGUACCUCAGCACCACUGCAGCACAGGCACAGGGCACUGGCGACAUGCAGGGACAGUGAGCCCAUUUACCCUCACCUUUCCUGGGGCCCACAGACUCAGAAAGCCCCUUCGCCCCAUCUGGAGGUCCGGUUCUCCUCUGACAGGAAGAAUCUGAAGCCCUUCUUCCCACUUUGCCCUCUUCAUUAUGGCCGUUGCAGGACCAUGGAAUCAUUUAGACUAUGGAGGGGUUCCGGUAGCAGGCUGGUCUCAUUAGGUUUGAUAGUGAUUUCUUGUAGUCCACCCUGCAUCUGGAAACAUUAUUUACACAUGUUGUCUGGUUAUAUUCACCAGCAUAAAUGGCACAUUGAAACAAUUCAGGGCUUUAUGUUGUUUGAUGUUUGUGUUGCUCGUUUUUCUUUCUUUUGUUUGAUUUGUUUUAAAAUUUUGACCCUACUGAUUUGAAUGAAUUUAUUCAGCAACAUUUGAACAUUUCAAGAGAAAUUAAUAGUUUAAUCUUCUCCAUUAAGUGGACUGAAAUGAGGAAAUGCACACUACAUUGCACUGCCCAUUUUAGGAGUUUGGGGAACACAGUCACCAAAUUUCACUAAGUUUCUGUUUAAUUUUGUGUCAAAUCUUAGUCUUAGUCUAUAUUUUUCAUGUCAGAUCAGAGCUAGCUGACUAUUCCACUUGUUAUGUUUAUACAGGAGAAACCCUCAAAUGAACAGUUACAACAGUGCACUUUAUAUGCACUGUGUGUUAGCAUAACAGCAUCCACUCACAGUAGAGAUUUGAUUGAACCCUUUUAUGUCGGUGUUCUUUCUGUUUCUCUCCUUUUGAAAUAGGAGAAAAAUAAACUGUGCAAUUCCAAUGUAGUUUUAACAUGGACUGUUUAAACGAAUAGGGGAGAACAAAUGUUUAUACAUUUGAUAUCUGAUAGAAAUGCAUAUUGAGAGUAAGUGCUAGCUAAAGUGUCCUUAACACAGCUUUGGUGAGUAGAACGGCUAGCACAGUGUAACCCUGUACAGAACCAAAGGAGAGCUACAAUCAUUGCUAUGUAAUGUUAAAUUUUGAUUUGUACAUAUUUGAACUAAUAAAGAGGUGAAAACAUCUAAACUCUGAA